AUGCUGGCUCAAAGGUUUGUGGGGCGACGAAUUGCCAAUGUGGCCGUGUCGUCUUCUCGGCUGGAGCUUGGUUUGUCGAGAGUUGGUGUCAGUAGCCACAGACGGUACCAGUCUGUGGUUGCAGGUGCUGCUGAUUCGCAAGACACAGGUUCUGUGGUUGAAGAACCAGUGACGAAGAACAUUGAUAAAGUGCCAAAGAAGUCAUCGAAUGGAAAACACUUCGCCAAUGGUAAAAAUGGCAAUAGACAGGGCCAGAAUUUGUACCAGAAAAUUGACCGGGCAUUGAUUUCAGGCAACACUAACGAAGCGUUGCGGAUCUUCAAGGACGAGUAUAACCCCGGCAUUUUCAAGAGUUUGGAGCGACGAGGACUUCAUCUUCGUCUGUUUCGAGCAGCAUUGAAACUGAAAUCCAAAAAAGGUUCAAAAGCCGUCAUGGAACCCAAGGAAUUGUUUCAAAAAUAUCUUGAGGGCGGUGCGGCUGUUGGCUGGAUUACCAGUGCCGUCAUUUUGACGGAUGUUCGUGAGGGAAACCCAGCUCUUGGGCUUCAAACAUGGGUUGAGUAUCUCGAGAAUCUCAAUACCAUUGGUUUGGUGACUAGUGAGGGUAACAAAGAAGCUGCUUGGUCUGCUUUGGUCGCUUAUGUUGCUAAUUGUGUUAAGGAGAAACAGCCUAUCAGCACUGAACUUGCAUUGAAACUGGUUCCUAUUAAAGAUAUUCCGCUAGGUCGCCAGUUAAUGGACAUUGAGGAGUUCAGAAGACUCAAUCAUACUUCCAGAAAAGAGAUUCUUGAAGGACUUCAACAAAUCCGUAUGGAUUCUUUAGAUGUGUCGUCACUUGAGUUCUUGACUUCUCUUCCAUCAGACAGACCCCUUGAAUUGGAAGCCAUGUAUAAAGAAGCAUUGGCUAAAGUAGGCGACAAUGGACUUCCCGAAUCUGUUUAUGCCAGAUUUAUUAGUUGUUUUGCCGAAUCGACCCGGGUCAAAGAUGCAUUCGAGGUAUGGAAUCAUAUGAUUGAACACGAAGUCGAGCCUACUAUUCUGUCAUGGAACAGUCUUUUGCGAGCUGGAGCACUGAGCAGAGUUGAUAAAACCGAGGUUUUCACGAAGUUGUGGGGAGAAAUGGUUGAAUCCGGUGUUAAACCCAACUCGGAGAGUUUCCGCAGUCUGAUUGACUUUUGUUUCCGGACCGGCAAGCCAGAACAAGCACUACAAGUGUUAGAUCGUAUUCAAGAAGGUAAAGAAGAAGGAGUCACAGUGACUCUGACUAUGUUCAAUACAGUUCUUGACGGACUUCUUAGACUUGGUAAAGUGACAGAGGCUGAAGGAUUGCUGCGUGAGGGUCUUACUCAAGGAUACUCACCCAAUGUGGUCACAUACAAUUAUUUCAUUCGAUCGUAUAUCCAAUUAGGUCAGUUUGAAAAGGCCAAUGCUAUUGUGCAAGAAAUGAUAGCUGCUAAUGUGCGUCCGGAUAUUUCCACGUACACCAACAUCAUCGACAGUGUGUUCAAACAAGCCCGUAAACAGGGAUUCGAUCCUCAGCAACAAAUCUACGAUCUGUUUGUGGAAAUGGGAAGAGAAGGAAUCAAGACUAACGCCAUUUCUAUUACGGCCAUUAUUUCGGGAUUGACCAAGACAUCGAACGAUAUUGAGUCGGCACGAACGCUGUUCCGAAUUAUGCUUGAAAAGAAAAUCACCCCCAACGCCAGAACCUUUGGUACUUUAAUUGACAGUGAACUGAAGUUUGGAGACUACCAGCACGCUCUAGACUACUUCAACAUGAUGCCCAAAUUCGGAGUUCCCCAAGGAACGCCUGCUUUCAAUCAACUGAUCCACUGGGCCUCCUACAACAAACGAGUGACCGAAGCACACCGACUGUUCAAACAACUGGUGAAAAGCACCCGAACCAACCCCAACAAGUUCACCUAUACAUUCAUCCUAAACGGCUGCUACAAAAACGACGGCGGAAGCCAGACCGUAGAAAGCAUAGCCAUUGCCAACGACGUGCUCAAAACGCUGUCCAAGCAAGAAGGUUACUUCGAUUUCGGCACCGACCUGCCCAAACUGAUCCCCAAAUUGGCCGCUCUCGGCGCCACGGUCCCCGAGUCGGUAGUCCAAGCUCUCGAAAAGAAAACCACCCGUGUCGAGUAG